AUGAAGAGCAAGGACGUACCGCAACUGGGCCUCAAACCACGGCAUCUCGAUGUGGUGUUUGGACUGCCAGAACGAACGGCAAAUCCCGAAAGAAGAGGAGAAGGAAACUCUCGAUUCGUGAAACAUGAUACUAAUAUUCUUACUCGUUUUACUUCAAAAGUGAAACUUCAAAAUAAACAGUUCUUACCUGCUAGAGCUGCCAACAACUUGCCACUUCAACGUUCUAGUAUUCGACUUUGCUCGUUUUCCUUUCCAUCGCCACAAGCCACCUACUAUCCGUCCAACAUGACACAAAGCUCAUUGCAAAUUUCACGUGACAAAUUAUUUCAACAAAACGCUCCCUCUUUUCCCAGAGAACAAACCCAUCUUCUCUCUCAAACACACCUGUCAUCGGAAUAUACACCGUUGGCUUUUGGCCUGCAAGCCUCUACUAUUGAAAUAGCGUCGUCUUCGCAGGACUUGAACCGUUUUUUUAUUGGUUUAAAACGGACGUCUGGGGGUGCUUCGAAGCUUACGAAACCGUUAAACACCAAUUGGCAGCUCGAGACAGGUUCUUUGAUAGUGGGGCUUUUGGAGAAAGAGCCGAUUUACGGGGCUGUUUGGACGCUGAAGGUCUAG